AUGGCAUCUUUCAACCUCACCCCAUCUGACGCGUCAACAUUCAUCCUAAUGGGUAUCCCUGGCCUGGAAACUGCCCAUGUCCUGAUUUCCAUCCCUUUCUCUGUGUUCUACAUUAUCGUCCUGUUGGGAAAUUUCAUGGUUCUGUUUGUUGUAGGCAAAGAGCAGACCCUGCACAAGCCAAUGUACCUGCUGAUCUGCAUGCUGGCGCUCACAGACAUCGGCACAUCUACUUCCAUCAUCCCUAAAGCACUGUGUAUAUUUUGGUUCAAUUUGAAAGGCAUUACUGUGGCUGGCUGCCUCACCCAGAUGUUCUUCCUUCAUGCGGUUUCUGUUAUGCACUCAGGUGUCCUCGUGAUAAUGGCCUUUGAUCGCUACAUUGCCAUAUAUAACCCUUUGAGUUAUGCCACCAUCCUAACCAACACACGGAUAGCUAAGCUAGGGCUCGUGGGUUUGAUAAGAUCUGUUCUCUUCAUUCUGCCUGCACCUCUGCUCCUCAGCAGGCAGCCAUUCUGUGCAAACCACAUUAUCCCCCAUACAUACUGUGAGUACAUAGCUGUGGCGAAGAUGUCGUGUGGGGACAUCACAGUCAACGGGACCUACAACUUGGUGAUAGUGUUUGUAGUCAUUGGGUUAGACCUGACGCUCAUUGCCCUGUCCUAUGGUCUGAUCAUCAGGGCCAUCUUCAGAAUCUCCUCCAAGAAAUCCCACCAGAAAGCCCUCAACACCUGUACAGCCCACAUCUGUGUGAUUGUGACCUCUUAUACUCCCUCUAUCUUCUCUAACUUGACACAUCAGUUCAGUCUGGGCUUCCCUCCCCAUGUUCACAUCAUCUUGGCCAACCUCUAUUUCCUCGUCCCCCCUAUGCUCAACCCUGUCAUUUAUGGGGUCAAAACCAAAGAGCUUCGUGACAAAGUGGUUAAAUACAUCUACAGAAUAUUUUCACCAAGGGCCAUUGACCUUAAUUCUGCGUGA